GAGGAUGUAGGCGAUUUUACCACAGGUGGCCGGCAUCAUGAGGAGAUGAUUUAGGCAACAAAAAACAAUUUUGACCAAAAAUGACUUAGGCGAUUAUUUUGACAGUGUGACGGAAUGACACCUCAGCCCACUGAAUUUGACUACAGUGGGUGACAGUGAGAGUUUGUUUCAGUUUCAUUUAUCAGGAAGACGCAGCGUUUCAGGUGUAGAGCAUACGAAGAUAUUUGCUCUGUUAAAGGAAGAAGACUGUCAAAAUGUCAGGCUGUGACGCAGUGGAGUCCAUGCAGAACAAAGAUGGAGUUUACGUGCUUCUCUCAGUCAAGUGGUCGAAGAGUGUUCAACCACAUAAAUACAAAGUAGAGCUGCAGAAAGUUCUUCAGAGUUGGGCCUGCAGAAUUGAAGAAUAUCAAGCAGAGUGCAAAGUUAUAGAUGUCUCAAACGGGAGAGCUGUAAUAAGUCUUCAGCCUGCUCCAGCCCCACAUGAUCUUCAGAAACUGAAUGGAGAGCCACCAAAGGAGAAAGAUAAGAAAAAAGUCACAACAAUAACUGUUGUGUCUGUGAAACCAAUACCAGAAGAUGCUUCAAUGACGCUUCCUCCUUCAUCCAUGCCACAGCCACAAGAUGAUCAAAUGCAACAGGGGGAGCACAGUAGUGCAGUUUCCCCAGCAGCAGAUGUGACCUGUAGUGUCGCAGUGAGCCACUUCUGGUACGUGAGCCGCAUCUACAGGGAGGAAAUUGAUCGUAUAGCGAAAGAAAAUGGAGUUAAAAUCACAUCGGACGUAGUGGUGACAUUUAAGGCAGACCAGGAAAAUGGAGGGCAACAAAAAGCUUUCUCAGAGUUCACAAGCCUUGUCCAGGAUUGUUUAGGUGAAUCAGAUGGCGUAACUUUCAAGUACGUAGAUGAAGAAAAGUUGAAAGAUGUAUUCAAAAUCGCAGACAGCAAGGAGAGCAAGCUUUUGCUUACUGUAUCCUCUAAAGAAAUGACAGCUUGUGGGCCAACUCCAAGUUUAGAAGCCAUCAAAAAGUCCUUAAUUACAAAGACUACCAGCACUACUGUUGGAAAGUCUACAUGGGGAUCUCAAGACACACCACUGAGCAUUGGCAUGUCGAUCCGAGACCCUCUUGUCAAGUCUGGACUUACCAUGGAGGAGAGCUCCUGGAAGCUGAUCACUACUUCCUUCAAUAAGGAAGUAACUAAGAUUAAAACUAAGUUCGGUGUGGACUUUAAGGAAUCAGGCAAAAGUCAGGGUGAAGUGGAAGUCAGAGCUUGCUACAAUAAACCUGGAGGAAACGAGGCAAUGGAGAGCCACGCUGUCAGAGCUCUUCUUCAUCUGUACCAGAAGGUUGCAACAUCCCCCUGGGACAUCAAACACCACGGGGAAUCUUCAUCACAGGGAGCCUCUGGUGGAACUGUGUUGAAAGAACAAUCAGGAUACAACACUGAAGCAUCCACAGAAGAGGGAGCGACAAUUGUGUCUUUGGAACCAAUACCAGAAGAUGCUUCAGUGACGCUUCCUCCUUCAUCCAUGCCACAGCCACAAGAUACUUCAUCAGAGAACAACGAUGGAGUUCACGUGCUUCUCUCAGUCGAGUGGUCGAAGAGUGUUCAACCACAUAAAUACAAAGUAGAGCUGCAGAAAGUUCUUCAGAGUUGGGCCAUCAACAUUGACAAAUAUCGAGGAGAGUGCGAAGUUAUAGAUGCCUCAAACGGGAGUGCUGUAAUAAGUCUUAAGCCUGCUCCAGCCCAACAUGAUCUUCAGAAACUGAAUGGAGAGCCGCCAAGGGAGAAAGAUAGGAAAAAAGUCACAACAAUAUCUGUUGAGUCUGUGAAACCAAUACCAGAAUGUGCUUCAAUGACGGUUCCUCCUUCAUCCAUGCCACAGCCACAAGAUGCUGCGAUGAUGUCAUCCCAGGAUAAAGAUGAAUGUACUGUUGGUCUCUAUGUGGAGUGGUCAAAUGGUGAUCGACCACUUAACUUUAAAAUGCAUCUACAGCAAAUUCUCCAGCUUUGGUUCUACAGAAACAGAAUUGAAGCAUCCUGCUCAGUUUUAAGUGCUUCAACAGACGGGAUAGUUGUGCUGAAGCUUACACCUGCUCGAGCCCAGAGUGAGCUUCACAGACUGAGAGGACAAACAUUCUCCACCAGUGGUAGGAGAGCAGUCACAAUAAUGUCUGUCGGUCUGAUAAAGUCAGAUCUGGAGACAGAUAAUUUAUCAAGGGACGUUCCUCCAUCAUUCGCGUCGGAUCUGGAGACAGAUAAUUCCUCAAGGGACGUUCCUCCAUCAUUCGCGUCAGGGACACAAAACGUGGAAGAUAAACUGGGGGAACAAAGUCAGAGCACAUCUAUAUGUGACAUCCCAAUGCUCCAUUUCUGGUAUGUGAACCAGGCCUACAAGGAGGAAAUGAAGCGUAUAGAGAAAGAGAGUGGAGGUAAAAUCCUGGCAGAAGCAAAGCUGACAUUUGAAGCAGACACUAAAGAUGGAAAUCCAGACUACGCUUUCUCUGAGUUCAUUAACCUUGUUCAUAAGCGCUCAGGGGAAUCCAAGGGCUUCACUGUUCCUCUCACCAAAGUGAAUCCAGAGGAGUGGAGGGACACACUGAGUAUCAUCCAGAGAUCUGAGAACAACCUUUUUCUAACUGUAUCCUCUAAAGAAAUGACUGUAUGUGGGCCAAGACGAGGUCAAGAUGCCAUCAGACAGUCGUUGAAUGCACCAAGAAAUACCAGCACUACUGUUGGAGAGAGCUCACAGGCAUCUCAAGAGGGAGACCAGCCUGAUGGACACAUGACAUGGGAUAACAGUUCCUAUUCCCUCCCUGGAUUCUCAGGCUGCGGCACUAUAAACAUCACCUAUAAGAUUUCAUGUGGAGUUCAGACGUCGAGGCAUCCAAAUCCUGGAGAGCGCUAUUAUGGUAUUACUAGAACAGCAUAUCUGCCAGACAACAAAGAGGGCAACGAGGUGCUGAAGCUGCUGAAGAAAGCGUUUGACCAGAGGCUCAUUUUCACUGUUGGGACGUCCAGAACGACUGGGAUGGACAACCAGGUGACCUGGAACGACAUUCACCACAAGACCUCCAUGACAGGAGGAGCACAGGGUUGUGGGUACCCUGACCCUGACUACCUGAGCACAGUCAAAGAGGAGCUGAAGGCUAAAGGCAUCGUGUGAAGACUUUGAUACAAAGUGGAUGAGGACACAUGUUCCAUAUAAAAAAUUAAGAUGAUUAUUUAACACAAGCAAUUGUUGGGAUGCACAUGCUGCUGUAGCUCUUAUAUGCCAUCUCUCUUCUUCUCUUGUAUUUGUUGACGUUAUUAGUAAGGGUUGCUUUGAGCUGGACAGGACAGCAUUUAUAGCUUAAGAGUUUAAAGUUCAGCAACAUGUAUAACUGUAACUUCGCCUGUUAAGAAUACGUUUUUUGAUGAUUUUCUUUAUUUUUUUGCUGAUUGAUAAAAGUUGACAACCUGUAACAAGAUUAAGAUUGACAUUUGCACACAUAAGUUGAACUCUAUGUCUACAGAACACAAUGAAAUUAACAAUAAUGAAGUUUGCUUAAUAAAUGAUUAAACCAACUAAAA